CCGUAAUGCCUCCCCUCGUCCCCGCUCCCCCUCCCAUUUCAUCCCGCCGCCGCCGCCGUCAUCGCGUCGUGCGACGCAACGUCACGUCGCACUUUUGAAAAAAAGUCGUCGCGAAGGGUGACGGCUAGCAACCCCCCUUCGCCCGAUUUUGAGAAUGCGUCAACCGGCGUGAGACGUCCCCCCGGCGAAACCGCGGCGACGCGACGUGCGGGCGGUGGGCCGUAAAUCGAUAUAUGGCUCGCUGCUUGUGUAUGUUAUGUGUGUGCGUGUAUAUAUGUGUCGCGCGUUUGUACACGGACGUGCGUCUACACGCAGCAGCGUAGGUUACGUGUGUGUGUGUGUGCGCGCGCGCGCGCGGGUGCAUUCACGCACACAGGCACGCCUCCGGAACGCCCCUUUUUAUGAAACGAUCGAACUUCUUUCCCGCGCGAUCUUCACCCGGCGCGAAACGUCACGUAAGAUCUCAACAACCCUUGAAACCACCUCGCGGCCCGCGACUCCGCCGUUUUGCUCCGGUUGCUCCCCCCCCCCCAGUUACCGCGUAACCGCGGCACUCGCGACAGCUCCGAAAUCGCUCCGCGGUCAAUAAAUAACGAUUUCUGACAUGUGCACGCAUCGCCGUCCCGUCAUUUCGAGAGAGCAUCGCGAUAAAAAUUAAUUAACAAUUCGAGAAGGUAUUUUUACAAGUAAUUUUAGUUCCGUAAAAAAGAGGUGAUUUUUAGAAGUGAGCAGAGACUGUGAAAGACAUUUUCGUCAAGAUUGGUAUUGUGCCGUUCCAGGACACUUAACAACCUCGUUGAAAUGUGGCUGAGAAGCGAGAGGAUUAGCAGGAGAUUGCGUGGCCGUUUAAGUUUAAGCGGUGUAACGGCGUCAAAAGCAACCGGUCAUCGAGCGCAGGUUGCAACAGCGAGAAAAGUACAACACAUUAGUAAUAGUCGAGUAAUAACGUCAAGUAAAUGCAGCCGAUUAAGCCAGUGGCGACGCAGAUCAUCCAGUUUUCUAAAAGAAGCUUGUAAAGAAAAUGUUUUACACUUUGCCAAAUCCGCGCCUAUUAGACGGGAAAGAGGACCUCGCCGAAGAAAAUGCAUAAAACGUUCGAUGGUUACGUCGACUCCCUUGCAUCGUACUCCCCCAAUUGACGCAGUUAUCACCACUAAAAACGCGUCGCCGUCUAAAGUCGCGGAGGAGUCCAAGGAAAACUGGAACAGUGCAUCCACUCUGCCUCUCUGCUCGUCAGUAACGAAUACGGAUUCGCGUAGUUCGAUGAUACCGCCGGUACAUGACUUGAAAUCUUCCACACCCAGUGUAUCUUCGCUGACGUGUCUAAUGUCUCCGGUAUCCUUAGGAUCACAGUCAGAUCUCACGUGCUUGCUCGAUGAUGAAGGAAGCAAGAACAACGAUACUACACUACCAUCAUCGUUACACUACUCCUCCUUAUAUACGCAUCCCGAAACGUCUGCGGAAUACUACAGUCUGAUGCACUCAAUGUCAAUAUACAACGUCCGUAACGCGUACAACUCGUCCGACAAAUACUUCCCGAACGGAGGAAGAUAUUCGCUAAUCGAUAACAAUGAAAACCGCAGCGAUCUCCCAAAAGAUCAAUAUGCUAUUGAAACAGACCCAACAAAAUAUGAAACAACUGCUGGAUAUCCCAGUACAAAAUACAGUAUACCAGCAAGUAUGUACAAUAUAAAUCCACAUCAUCCAUCCGAUACGAACGGCAAUCUUAGUGACAAAUAUGAUUCCGAGGACGUCGACGGUCGUUAUCACGAGGUUGAAUACAUGGAGGUGGGUAGCGAGGAGAUAGUAGAAUCUUGCGAUGUAGAGAACAUGGUUACUCAAGUUCAGGAGGAUUGGGAGCCGUUCGAUCCUUACGUCUUUAUCAAGCACUUGCCGCCCCUCACCCCGGCGAUGAGAGCGAGAUGCCCGGCCCUACCACUCAAAACACGGAGCAGUCCGGAAUUCAGUCUGGUCCUGGACUUGGAUGAGACAUUGGUUCACUGCAGCUUGCAAGAGCUAUCUGACGCAGCUUUCCGCUUCCCGGUAGUCUUUCAAGACGUAACGUACACGGUAUUCGUUAGAACACGACCGUACUUCCGCGAAUUCCUCGAACACGUCUCGUCGCUCUACGAGGUGAUCCUGUUCACGGCGAGCAAGCGGGUGUACGCCAACAAGCUGAUGAAUCUGCUGGAUCCAACGCGGAAGCUGAUAAAGUAUCGCCUGUUCAGGGAACACUGCGUCUGCGUUAACGGAAAUUACAUAAAAGACUUGUCCAUCUUAGGCAGGGAUUUAUCUAAAACCGUGAUUAUCGACAACAGUCCACAAGCAUUCGGAUAUCAGUUAGAAAAUGGUAUACCUAUAGAAAGUUGGUUUGCCGAUCGUUCGGAUAACGAGCUAAUGAAGUUAUUACCGUUUUUGGAAAAUCUGGUAAACUGGGGAGGUGACGUAAGGCCGCGCAUUAGAGAACAGUUCCGACUAUUCAGCUUUCUACCGCCGGAUUAAUUUAAAUAGCGUACACAAAAUUUAAGGUUGCUAAAGUACCAUGCAACCGACAAAAAAAAAGAAAAUACAAAAUAUCUUAAUGAUACUAAAUAGAUAAAUAAUAGUUAUUCCGCGAUGCGUAGCAUAAGCCGCUAUAUAACAUAAUACUUUACAAUGUUUCACAAAUGAAUAUGCCUGUUGGUAUAUAGAGAUGAAAUUAAAUACUUCUAGAUCUUUGGAAUUACUGUUCUGAUCCAUUGUUCGCAAAAAGAAGUAUAUAUGAACAAAGAUGCUGCAUACAUCACACAUGUGCGAUUUUGUUGGUGCAUUCUCGUUUAGGCUUGAAGUCUCAAGUUAAAAAAAAAUCAAAUGUCGAGAAUAUCAGUGAGCAUAAUAGUCUUGUGAUUUAUAGUUUCUAUUAAUACUUCCAAGUGAAUACCAAGUCUCUCCAUGACGUGAUUAUAUGACCUCUGUAUAUAAUAGGACUCGUAUCUUACGUACAAAAUAUUUCACAGUUUAUUAUCGUAACACAAUGCUUAAGAGCAAUAUCUGUGUGAUUGGUGAUUUAUCAUUUUUUUCCUGUCUCACCAGUACGUGAAAUAUAUGAUCUCAAUUUGUUUAUCACAUUAUUAUAAGAUUUUUUAAUUUUUUUUUGAAAUUUUUAAAUCUUUUUAUUAUUUUUUGCUCCCUGACAUUACAUUCUGUCACGCUCUAAUUGUAAAUUACCGCUUAUUAUUAUUAAACCAUUUUUUUAAAUCUCUACAUCAAGAUUGCAAUUCUUGAAAGUUCUUGAAAAGAUAUACGAAGAUGUUAAGAAUUAUCUGUCAAUAAUUAUAUAAUUAUACGUAUCAUAUAAUUAUAUAAUUACACGAUUAAUGUGCUAAUGUGCUAAUUAUAAAUCUGUGUAUAAUUCUUAGUAUAAGGAGCAUAGACCGAAUUCAGUAUCAAAAGGAUCAGAGUUAGCAGCAUAAUGUAACAGAAGGCAUCGCAGAAAUCUUGCAUCUCGUAGUGUUUAUCAUAGUUUAAGAUUAUACUCACAUUAUGCACAAACACAUUAUAAUAAUAAAGCAAAUCGAUUGUUACUCGUGAAA